UCUUGGUUUUCAGGCUUAAUUUUUAAUUUUUUUUGUAUUAAUAUUGAGUAAUUAUCAGUAAUUCAACUGCUUUUCAUGUGUUAGAAGCAUAUAUUACUUUUAUACUAAAUCAUAUUAAUGUUGUAGUAUUGCAAUGUGCCUCAUAUUUGUUACUACUUGAUUAAUUUAUUUCUUUGCAAAAUUUGUCGUCUUUCUUUGCCAUGGAAUCUGAUAUUAUGGUCGAAAGCCUUCCCAUUGUUGGAUUGUGCAGCUUGUGCUCUUUUGAUGGUAUAGUGCGCAGCAUGUUGAUAAAAUACAACAAAGAGACUUCAAGCUAUUUGGAAAUGUUGUCACAAUGUUUUACUAUAGAUAUAGGAAAUUUAGAGUUUGAUGACACAAAACUCCUUAUAUGCCUACAAUGCAUACAUAAACUGCAAGAGAGUAUGGAAUUUAAGAAGCGAGCAGUUUCAUCAUUGAAGAAUUUUGAAGCUUCGUUACGAUUGCAAAUAGCAGACCAGCAAGCACUGCCCAAUGUAAAAGAGGAGGUAAAGGAUGAAGACGGCCUAAUGAUUGACACUGAUAAUGAAUUUGAUGAUAGAAAUAAUGAUAUUGAUGAACUAGUAGAUUUGAAACAUGAAGCUUUGGAUAUAGAUGAUAUAAUGCUCAAUGAAUUGGUUUUGAAAACAAAAUCAAAGGAAUAUAGGACGAGACACAGAAAAUCCAAUAGCAAAAAGAAAGUAUCGUACACCGUAAAGAAGGCCGUGGAGUUGAGUGAAACGCAGAAGAUGAUAGAGUCUGGUCUGUUCCCGUUCAAGGUAUGCAAAAAUCAAAUGUUCUCAUGUACCAUAUGUUCCGAGAAGUAUACAAGCUUGGACGAUUUAAAAAGCCACAUCAAGGACCACACAGUUUCUAAUAUACACAGCGCAUUCCGUAAAAUGAUCGCAUCGAACCUCCAGGGGUACUACAAAUCGUCAACCAAGCUCAAAUGCAAGAGAUGUAACAUCGACAUAUCCAACUACGACGAGUUGAAACAACACGUAGACGUGUGCAGCCAAACGAGAAGUUCGACUAGCAGUCUGCCUUUUAAAUUGGAGAAGGACCAGUUGGAUUGUCCCAUCUGCAAGAAGAGCUUUUUAAAUUUCGUCAGUCUCAAUACGCACAUGAACGUGCACUACCCGAACCACGUGUGCGACAGCUGCGGGAAGGCGUUCGCGUCGAAAGCGCGGCUUCGGGGCCACAUGCGGACGCACGAGGUCGGCAACUUCCCCUGCCGGUAUUGCGAUGCGGUUUUCAACAAAGUCACGAAGCGGGAGAACCACGUGUCCAAGGAGCACAAGUCGGGGAUAAGAUACACGUGCAAGCGAUGCGAUAUCUCCUUGACCUCCUUCUACGCCCGCCAGAAACAUCUAGCGGAGGUCCACAACGAGGAGCUGAAGCGCUACAAGUGUAAGGCCUGUCCGCAGAGCUACAUCACCCCGGGCCACCUGUCCAGCCACGUCAGACGGGACCACCUCAACGAGAGGAACCACAAGUGCAAUAAAUGUGAUCUAGCUUUUUACACGAGGAAUUCCCUGAAGAUGCACAUGAUAAAGCACGACGGCGAACGAAUACACACCUGUAAUAUAUGCUUGAAGUCUUACCAGAGGAAGAAGACACUGAGGGAACACAUGCGGAUACACGACAACGAUAAGAGAUUCGUGUGUCCCGUUUGCGGGCGAGCGUUCACGCAGAAGUGCACUUUGAAAGGACAUUUGAAAGUACACGAGAGGAAGAUGGAUUUGGAUGACAGGAUCCCUCAGCCGCUACAUUCUAUUUAGCGACAGUGUGAUAAAGUUGGUGGACUUGUAACAAUUUUGUAAAGUGUUCAUAUUGGCUUAUAUGGUUGUUUUCGCUCAUUAUUGGAAAACACUGCCACUUCCCACCACAAUAUUUAUUUAUACAUAAUAUUAUGUGCUCGGCCGAGUGCAAAGUCUCGCCACUCUACUCGGUAGGUGUAAUCAGGCCCUUAGCAUGGUGCACUAAAAGUUUUAAUACCUAAUUAAUAUUCUCGGCCAAGGCAGCUAGAAAAUCGAAGUAAACAUUUCUAUGAUCAGCCAUAUUUUUAAAAUGGCAGCAGCAACUCUGUCAAAAAAGAACAAAAACUGUCUAUAGCUGUAAUUUUGUGACUUCGCUUUUUCAUGUUGCCAGCUGCCAACCGGCACCUUUACUUUUCUUCUGCAUGAUAACAUAUUUUGCUAUGAAUGGUGAUGUUUCAUCUGUCACUGUGCCUACUAGACCUGCUCGGAGAGUGCGGACCCCAUUAUAUGUUAAACUUUGUAAAGCCGUCUGUGAUGAAGUUGGAUUUAUUUUCCGUUUUUAAUUUAUGUUAGCAGUUAGCACUUAAAUGCACCAAUGUUUGACAAGACACUCACAGGAAUU